UCCAAUAUGGCGGCAAAAAAGCUUGUAGUUGAUAACGGUGCUUCUCUCAUAAAAAUUGGCUUCAAUGAUUCUGAAACUCCGAGGGUCAUUCCGAAUAGCGUUUUCAAAGUGAAGAGUGAGCGACGUAAGGUCUUUGUAGGAGACCAAAUUGAUGAAUGUAAAGAUUACUCGGGACUGUUUUAUGUUUUACCAUUUCAAAAGGGUUUGCUAUUGAAUUGGACAAUUGAAAAACAAGUAUGGGAUUAUGUCUUUGGAAAGGAUGCAUUAAAGGUGGAUUGCCCAGAGACAGAUAUCAUGAUAACAGAACCAUAUUUUAACUUUUCAUCAAUUUCUGACGCUAUGGAUGAAAUUCUCUUUGAAGAAUACGACUACCGGGCAUUAUGCAGAAUAUCAGCGGCACAACUAAGUGCCUUUAAAUACGUCCAGGAGGAUCCUAGUUUACGCCUGGUCUGUCUCGUCGUUGAUUGUGGUUACUCGUUUACACAUAUCGUUCCCGUGUAUCAGGGAAAGAUCCUUAAAGAAGGCGUUCGAAGAAUAAAUGUCGGAGGAAAGCUCCUCACAAAUCAUUUAAAGGAAAUCAUUUCGUACAGACAGCUCCAUGUUAUGGACGAAACCUAUGUUAUGAACCAGGUCAAAGAAGAUGCCUGCUUCGUAUCUCAAGAUUUUUGCAAAGACGUGGAAAUGGCGAGAGUGAAAGGAAAAGAGAACAAAAUAGUUCGGGAUUACGUUCUUCCAGAUUAUACCAACAUAAAACGAGGAUACAUCAAGCCCGUUGAAGAUAUGUGGGAUAAGUCGAAGAUUAUUGAAAACGAACAGAUUAUUCGAAUAAACAUUGAACGUUUUGCUGUUCCUGAAGUUUUGUUUCAUCCUUCUGAUAUUGCCAUCUCGGAAAUGGGAAUAGCAGAAGCAAUUGUUCAUGCAAUUGAAGCUACGCCGAAAGAAAUGCAACCUCAUUUUUACACAAAUAUUUUAUUGACUGGAGGAAGCUGUCUUUUUUCUGGUUUCAAGUCGAGAUUGUAUUCCGACCUACGUUCGCUUGCACCUGUUGAGUUAGAUGUUGGCAUUCAAUUGCCAUCAGAGCCCACGACGCACGCAUGGCAUGGCGGGAAGCUUCUUUCCAAUUCCGAGGACUUCACGAACAUGCUCAUUACGAAAGCCGAAUAUCAAGAACAGGGAAAAAACGCGUGUAGAAAAAAAUUUGGUGGGAAAGAAAAAUAAGCUCACAGUAGGUUGUAUUUAAACUAUAGUAACGAGGAUUUCUUGACUGCCUGGAACAUACUCUCAGGAUAGCCUGGGACCUUAUUCCCCACAGACUGGCGUUUGGAGGGGCGAAUGCGAUUACUCUGAUCCACGGUUAACUCGUGCCUAGAAGACGAUGUUGCACAAUGCAUGGUCGGUGGAUGUUUCUAUUUAAAUUUCGCAGGCGAGGUUUUGGGUAGUGGUGUAACUUUUAUGCUGAGCAAUGAGAAUGGGGCUAGGUGACUUCCGAAAUAUGGGAAGGGGUAUGGUAUGGUAAACUUUAUUUAGAAACUAGCCCCGUCAGCAGGACGUUGAUUCCACGGGGGGGGAGGGGGAUCGUUCGCAAUGUUAAGUACAGAUGGCCUAUUGUGCUCCUUUAGAAUUUGAGAAUGGGGCUAGGUCAACUUCAAAUAUGAAGAGGGGCGUCUGACAUUGAUGCUAGCCCCCUUUUCAUUGAGAACUGACAUUAUGACUCAUACGCGAUCACGUAUCAUACAUGUAAACCACAUAGAUACUCCCAGUAGCGAUAAUUGGAGGGGCCCAUAUUCAUAUAUUCAUUUUUAAUUCCAUUUUAUAAGGUAAAAUACUCUAAUGUGGAAAUAUAAAAAUUCUCCUAAUUCAAAAACUCCCUCAUUUAAAAACUUUUGUGACAAUUUGUUAACAAGUUUUAACAAACUUGUUGAAUCAAAAGACUUGUUACAAGGCUGUCCCUACAAGUCUGGUACAAACAUGACCUUACAAUUUUUCAACAACGUUGUAUUGCUAAGUAGCAAGGUUGUUAUAUCAUAGCUGUAUCAGACUCGCUACAAGUGUCAACAGUUUGUCCAAACCUGGUUGCAAGUGCGAACACAUCUUCUUGACAGCAUGUAAACAAACUUGUAUUAACUUGUUUUUAAAACUUGUGCGUUUUCCGUCAUAUAACGCAGACUUUUAAAUUUUAAAAGUCUAUGGGUUUUAUUUCGUAAUCCCGGAAAUGCCAGUAUCUAGUUUUGCGGGAAAAAGAUUUUUUAAAGAAACUCUCGUGCGCUGUAACGUUAUGUAAUACCUCAUGCCUGUAUGUCAAAAAUUUCAAGAUACAGGUUUUGCAAUGAGCAUUGCAUUAUAAUGCAAUUAUAUAUGUAUAAAGCGUACAUGCAAUUAUAUGUAUAAAAACUAUUUUGAACUGUAGCUACAACCCCUAACGAGUAAUAACUCCAGUAACCUAUUUCGAAUUGCAAUUCCACGCAUGAUUUAUAUCAAUCCCAAUGAUUAAAUG